AUGGACUAUAAGAAAAUUGCAGACGAUGUUUCCAAAGAGGUUCUUGCUUAUCUCCAAGAUACAACAGAUUGGAAAGUGGUAAAGCAUACAAAACUUAUUUCAGUGUCAUCAAAGCCUUCACAGUGUUUCCCAGGAACCCUAUACCGUGCUGAAGCGCUAAUGGAAAUGCCAGUUGAUAAACUCUUUCCCUUCAUUUACAUUCCUGAGUACCGCAGCAAGUGGGACAAGGCGAUACAGUCAUACAAUCUUUUAGAAACAGUUGACGAGGACACUUUCAUUUUUCACAAUAUUACACACAGUUAUGGCUUUGGGCUAAUUUCGCCAAGAGAAUUUGUCUACAUACUGCACAUUAAAAGAUAUGAUGGGAAUUUAAUGACAACAAACUCUAUCAGUGUGGAUCACCCAAGCUGUCUUCCGUCUCCACGUUAUAUUCGUGGCUGCACCUUUCCUUCUGGUUAUGCCUUUUCUCCUCAUCCAGAGAAUCCAGACCACACCAAACUGGUGGCAAUCGUCCAGGUGGACUUAGGAGGCGUGUUAAAGCCUUCAUUGAUAGAUUCGGUUAUGCCUAUGACCCUCAUAAACUUUGUCAACGAUUUGAAAACUGGAUAUAAGUCACAAAAGGGAAAUAUCCUAUAA